AUGAGUACUGCUUGCGAUAUAAUGAAGGAUCACGGGACGGAAUUUAAUAUGUCGACCAUCAUGCAGUGUGUACAAGAAUUAAAAGCUUGGCAAGAGUCAGAACAACAGAAAUUGAGCAAAAAUGAAAUGGAAGAAGUAUUAAAGUCAUUUGACAUACCUACAAAUGUAAAAGGUAACAAAGGUUAUAUUUUAUUUACUGAUCAAAUCUUAAAACGUUUAAAAUAAUUCUAUGUAUCUAUAAAUUAGAUAAUACAUAGGUAUUAUAAAGUAAACUAAAUAAACUAUGUACCUAUUGGUAUUGGUUUUACAAUAAUUUUUUAUUGUACUGUAUACAAAAUUUCUACCAGAAAUCUUGCUCCAAUUUUCAAGUGUAGCUCUUUUUCUGAAAGUAAAUUUUAUCUAGUUGGUACUUAAGGAAAGUCAUUAUAGGUACAACUGAAGGGGUCCAUUAUGAAAAUAAUAAUGGAUAAGUAUUUCAUAAUUAAUGAUUAGAACAAAAUACAGAUUUUCUAGACAAUGUACGUGUGUAUGAAAAAUAAUAUUAAAAUAGUUAUGAUAAAUUUGUGUUUAUACAAUUUUAAAUUUGUAGUUUAUGUGUAGUCAUGUAAAGGGAAUUGUGGGGACAUAUUUUCCCAUGUCUUUGAAAUGUCCAUAUUCUUAACAGCCUCAAAAUUGGUGAUCUUGUUGCAUCUAUGUGAAUCAUUUUUGUGAUUUUCCAAGUGGUUUUCAUAAUAAUUGUGAACAAAUGUAGAAAGAAUGGGCAAAUUAUGAAAAUAAUGCUUUUCUUAUUUUCAAUUUUAUUUUUUUAUUAUAAUUGAGAUAAAAAUAUUCCUAAAAACUUGAACUGUGGACAGAAAAUUUAUAUUUUCCUUUUCAAGAGUUAGUAAAAUUUUUAAAACAUUAAAACCAUUUUUUAACUAUUUAUAGAAAUUUUCAUUUUGUGGAUUUUUUUAUUAAUAAAAUUUAAUAUAAUCAAACAUAAUUUUUAUUCAGUACUACUCUGCAGAUAAAAUUGUUAGACCAAACAGAAAUCCUUGAAAAAUUAACAGGAGGUUUAUUAUACAUUGUUCUUAGUGGGUAACAAGAAAAAGUUGAGUUUAAUGUAGUUUUUUUUUUUUUUAUAAGAAUUUUAAUUUUUAAUUUUAAAUUUGGACCAAAUCGUACAUAUUAUAGCUUUUUAAAACAUGUAUAACCAAACUUUGCUCAGAGUCGUUUUUCAUUAGUAAUGGUUAAUCAUUGUAUACAGAUGUACAUUAAAUUCCCCUCUAUAUUCUACCUUUCCAACUUUGCACCUACAACAGUGGUCUUUUAAUUGUGUAAAGUAUGUCCGUAUUUUUUAUUAUAUUAUCUCAAUAAAUAAACACCUUAUAUAUAGUAAAUAUGAAGCAUUAUUGAAAUUGUCUAUAAAACUAUAGAUUAUUUUCCUUUUACAUUUCAAAUCAAUAAAAUUACAGAAUUUAAUUUUAGAUAUAUUAUUUUCAGAAAACUAUUACGAUGAUAGGGUGUCUUCCUAUUCAGAAAUAGAUGAGGAAUUAUUAGAAAAGUUUGGAUAUCAAAAUCAUAAUAAUAUUUCAUCGCCGGUAAGAAAUAAUAUAAUAUAGGUAAGUACCUAGAUAGUUUUUGAAAAUAUGUUUUUUUUGUUUUUGUUUUAUUUAGGUUUCAAAUUUACAAGAUGAUCUACAAUUAGAACCACCUAAUAAAAAUGUUGGUAAAAGUUGCCAAAUUAAUUCAAUAGAUUGUGGUAGAAAUCAGAUAAGAGAAAAUCAAUUAGACAAUGAAAAUAAAAACAUUUGUAAUAAUAUUAAGCCAAAGAAGCCAUAUUUAAAAAGGGGAGCAGGAUUGGCCAGAUACGGUUUAAAUUUAAAUGAAAUAAAAAAGAAAACUGGGAAAUUAAAAUUCCACAAACCAUUAAAAUCAAUUCCAUCUAAAAUUAAAGUACCAAGAGACUGUUUGAAUCAAGUUGUACGAUUUCCUAGAACAGAAUUUGGUAAAUUAAAUAAUUAAUCUAUUUUCUUAAAAGCAAUAAUCUUACAAUAAUUUAUAAUUUUGUUUGUUUUAAGCUACUAAGUCAACUGAAAGUACACGUCUAGAUUUAGAAAAAAUCAAAGUUGCUGAUUCGUGGAAUAGAUAUGACUGUAAAGAUUUUCCAGAGAAUAAUGAAGAUGAUAAUAAAGAUCAAAGUGAAUUACGAGCAUUUGAAAUGUUAGAAGAACGUACCAACAAAUCAGAUUUUAAUGCAUCAUCACCCACUGUUGGUGAAUUAUUAAAAAAAGGCCAACGUUCCAAAUUCAAUAGUGAAGUACCAUCAUCAGGAUUGGUCCGUUCUUUGAAAUUUGAAAGAAUUAAUACAUCCACUCCUCAUCAAAAUUCUAAUGACUCUGAUGAUUCUUAUUCUGAUUCGAGUCAGGAAUGUGAUCCAUUAAAUUUGUCAGAAAAUGUGGUGAAAAAUACCAAGAUAGCAAACAAUGACAGACAAAACAAUCAUAUAAAAACUAAUCAGAUUAUUCUUACUGAAAACGAAAAAAAGUAUUUAGAAAACUAUACUAAAUCAUCUAUAAAUAUAAAACAAACUAAUUUUGAUCAAUCAUUUGAUACUGAAUUACUUACUAAGAGACUUGAAGAGUUGGAAUCGGAAAUUGAAAAAUUUCGUACAGAAAAUACUAAGUUAAUGAAGUUACAACGAGAGUUUGAGACUGAAAGGCAAAAGUUUUUCAAGAGCAAAGAUGAUUUUAUAAAAAAAUUGGACGAAGAAAAAAAAAGGGAAGAAGAAAAGUUGGCAGAUGAAAGAAAAAAAUUUAUGAAAGAAAAAAGUUUGUUUGACAAAAAUGUUAAAGAAUUAAGAAACAAACCUAAUAGAAUAGAAAGAGAAGAAAUAAAACAACUUAAAGAACAAGUUUGGUUUUUAUAUAUAUUUUUUGCUUAUAAUUUAAAUUAUAUAUAUUUAUUUUAUUUCUAGAUAACUGAGUUAAAAGAAGAGUUCAAUAAAAAAGAAGCCCGGUGGGCAACUGGUCAGGCACGGUUGAGGACUCAGAUGAAAUUAUUAGAGAACAGUAAUUCAGCUUUGCGCAGUGAACUUGAACUGUUCCGAAAAACAUCUAUAAAUAAAAAAGUAAAUUUGAGUAAAUAUAAUUAUUAGAUAGAUAUAAAAAAAAUUCUAAACUGUUCUUUUAGGUAACUUUUAAAUCACCAACAGAAAGACAAACUUUAAGGAAUACAAAAAUGAUUCAUAAUGUUAAUGCAGAACUCAGUAAACUAACUCCUGAUAAUAUAAUGAUGAUGAUUGACCCCAAAGCAAAAAAAAUUCCUGCAUCAAUUUUAAGGAAGGGUGUAGGCACAUCUACUGAUAAUAAUGAAUCAUCAGAAGAGAUGUUCUCCAAUGAUAAUUCAAUGUAUACUGAUGAUAAUUGUAAUGAAGAUGAUUAUGCUGAAACCAAUGAAACUAAUAAUAUUGAACACAAUAGUAGUGAUAUAAUACGGGAGACUGUUUUAGAUGAUGGUCGUAAAGAAAUUUUGUAUUCAAAUGGUAAUUUGAAAAAAAUUUCUGCUGAUGGCAUCAAUAUAAAAGUUAUUUAUUAUAAUGGUGACGUAAAAGAAACAAGAGAAGAUUCUGAGCGAUAUUAUUUUGCUGAAAAUAAAACUUAUCAUUCCACUUACAAUAAUGGUUUAGAGAUAAUCGAAUUUCCUAAGUAAGUUAUCUACAAAUUAUUUUAUUAAAAUGCAAUUAUAUUCAUAUUAUGUUUAGUUAUCUAAAUUUGUAUGUAUUCUGUGUAUAGUGGACAAACUGAAAAGCAUUAUAAAGACGGAAAAGUAGAAAUUGAAUAUGUAGACGGUAAAAAACACACCGUGUAUCCAGAUAGAAAGGAAGUUUGGAAUUACUUGGAUGGUUCAGUUUUGACGGUGAAUCCAAAUGGGCACCGUGAAUUAGUGUUACUAAAUGGUCAACGAGAAAUACAUACCAGUGAAUUUAAAGUAUGUUUAUUAUUAUUUAACUAACUGACAUUAUUUUUAUUUUAAUAUUAAGUUAUAAUUUUCAUUCGUAACAAUAUUUUUCAUUAUGUUUCAUAUGAUAUCUUCAUUACUUUGUAUGCGAUCUAGUAUACAUUUAUUUAUUUGAGGACUGCCAUAUUAUUUUAAACUUAAUUAUGUACAUAAUUAAUAUUUAUGAUAAUAAUGUAUUUUAUUUGUAUAGAAAAGAGUAUUUCCGGAUGGCACAUCAAAAAUCAUGUAUCCAGAUGGGUCACAAGAGACCAAAUAUCCUGAUGGACGAAUAAGAAAAAAAGACAAAGACGGUAACUUGACUUUGGACACCAGCGUUUCGUCAUAG